AUGGCAGAACAAGUUCAACAUUUGCAACACCGAAUUCAAGAACGAGAACAAAAAAUCCAUCAGUUGGCAGAAGCAUUAGGACGAUUAACGCAGCAACAACAGUCGGCGGAAAAUAGACACAGGAUCAUGCAGGAAAUCCAGUUCAUGAGUUGUUUUACGAGCAGUGGUCCAGUGUCCGUUAAUGCAUUUAUCAAGAACAUGGAGUAUUACCUGAACAGCAUAACCGACCCAAAUGCAAGAAAAGCAGCAACAAGAGCGAUAUAUCAGGAGAAAAUCCAAGGGGAGGCGAAAAAUGCCCUUAUGGGUUUACCUGAACCCGACAACUGGGAUGACAUCAAAAGCAGCCUGAAGCUACGUUACAGACCAGAACUGGAACCGGCGGAAAUUUACCGACAAAUUACCAACCUGCGAGGAGAUACGGUUUUUAUGAGGAUAUUGUUCCUAACACUCAUCCUUUUCACCCCAGUAAGAGGCGCACUGAACAUAUUUGAGUCACCGGAGCAACGAAGUUUUGUUGAAAUCCAAUUAAAUAAAGUCGAUAUAGUUAACGAAACUCAUGUCAUAAAUACAACAGAAAUUUUAAACCUUAGCUUAAGCUUUUCUGAAAAUAUAAAACAUUUGGAUGUAGAACACCAAAAACCAAACCUGUGAAUAACCCUUUUAAUUUUUGCAUUAAAGAUUCCUACCAAUUGUGUAACGAUACAACUCCAAAGAAUUGUCGCUUUGCCGAAUGAAAACCAAAAAGAAAUUGAC